AGGCUAGGCUGGCUGUUCAGUGAGCUUCAGGGAUCCUCUGUCUGUGCCUCCGUGAUGGGAUUACAAAUGCCAACUAGCAUGCCUGGUGUUUUUACUUGGGUUCUGGGGAUUGCACUUAGGUUCUGUGCUUGUAAGGAGAUGCUCUGUUGAUUGAACCAUCCCUUCCCCUGUCGAGAUAGUUUAACGUAUAUGGACAGACGGGCAUAAAUGCAGCUCCUAUUCCAUUUAAUAUAGGGGACUUGGUCAUCUUUGGAUUUGGGUAUACAUGGGGUCUUGGAACCAAUGCCCCAAAUAGAAAGACUAUGUUUAAGGCCUUGAGAGACUGGGAACCACUUUUGAAUUUCCUUUCUAGAAUCUUUAACUUCUCAAGUAAAGGGAGAAGUGGAGACUGAAAACUGAUAUCAACGAAGAGUGAAGUCAUCCUUCUGCGGGAGAACUGGAGAAUGCUGUUUCAGAGACCCUUGCUAGAGACAGGCCUUAAAGUCAGUGGAAACAUGUUGUAUAUGAGCUAUGCAAGGAUUUAAAAGCUCGUGACAACUGAGCUGCUCAAGGCAGGAAGAACUCUGAGCUGAAUAGUAGUGGGUGCCUGGAUCUGGAGAGAAGAGGCCACCUUGGAACCAGUAAUGAACCAUCCUGACUAUAAGCUGAACCUUCGGCCUCAGGGGACCCCCAGAGGUGUGUCCUCCGUGGCUGGCCUGCAUGGUGUUGGUGCUUCGCCAGGUGACAAAAAGUCAAAGAAGAAGUCCAUGCGAGGGAAGAAAAAGAGCAUAUUUGAAACCUACAUGUCCAAGGAGGAUGUUUCGGAAGGCUUGAAGAGGGGAACACUUAUCCAGGGUGUAUUAAGAAUUAAUCCAAAGAAGUUUCAUGAAGCCUUCAUUCCUUCUCCGGAUGGUGAUCGGGACAUUUUUAUUGAUGGAGUUGUUGCUCGUAAUAGAGCUCUAAAUGGGGACCUUGUGGUUGUAAAACUGCUUCCUGAAGACCAGUGGAAGGUAGUUAAAGCAGAGAGCAAUGACAGAGAAACAGAAGCUACUUAUGAAGCUGAUGUCUCUGAGGAGUGCUGUGGACACCACCUCCUGCAGCAGUCCCCCAAAGCCUGUAAUAGUCCUGAUGUCGUUAUAGAGGCUCAGUUUGAUGACAGCGAUUCAGAAGAUAGACAUGGCAACACCAGUGUGCUGGUUGAUGGUGUUAAGAAAUUGUCACUUCAUACUCCUGACAAAGGAAAAGAAGAUUCUAGUGCUCCAGUUACAAAAGACGAGACCACCACUCCCAUGUCACAGGACACAAGAGCCUUACCCGAGAAGUCACUGCAGAAAUCAGCAAAGGUGGUUUACAUCUUGGAGAGAAAGCAUUCCCGAGCAGCAACUGGCAUCCUCAAACUCUUGGCUGAUAAGAACAGUGACCUGUUUAAGAAAUAUGCCCUGUUUUCUCCUUCAGACCACCGAGUGCCUAGAAUUUAUGUACCUCUUAAGGACUGUCCCCAGGACUUCAUGACCCGACCUAAAGAUUAUGCCAACACACUGUUCAUCUGCCGCAUCAUAGACUGGAAGGAGGACUGUAAUUUUGCCCUGGGGCAGCUGGCUAAGAGUCUUGGGCAGGCUGGUGAAAUCGAGCCUGAAACAGAAGGGAUCCUGACAGAAUAUGGUGUGGACUUCUCUGAUUUCUCUGCAGAAGUUCUUGAGUGUCUCCCUCAAAGCCUGCCCUGGACAAUUCCUCCUGAUGAGCUGGGCAAGAGAAGAGACCUAAGAAAAGACUGUAUCUUCACCAUUGACCCAUCAACUGCUCGAGACCUUGAUGAUGCUCUCUCCUGCAGGCCUCUCACUGAUGGCACCUUUGAAGUGGGCGUCCACAUCGCCGAUGUGAGUUACUUCGUUCCUGAGGGGUCCUCUCUGGAUAAGGUGGCUGCUGAGAGAGCCACAAGCGUCUACUUGGUUCAGAAGGUGGUUCCCAUGCUUCCCAGACUUCUGUGUGAGGAACUGUGCAGCCUCAACCCCAUGACUGACAAGCUGACCUUCUCUGUGAUCUGGAAGCUGACCCCUGAAGGCAAGAUCCUUGAGGAGUGGUUUGGCCGAACUGUCAUCCGUUCCUGCACCAAACUGAGCUACGACCAUGCCCAGAGCAUGAUUGAAAAUCCAACUGAGAAGGUCCCUGAGGAAGAGCUGCCCCCCAUUUCUCCAGAACACAGCAGUACGGAGGUGCAGCAGGCAGUCCUGAACCUGCACAGCAUUGCAAAGCAACUUCGCCAGCAGCGCUUUGUGGAUGGUGCACUCCGUUUAGAUCAGUUGAAGCUUGCUUUUACUCUGGACCAUGAGACUGGAAUGCCUCAAGGAUGUCAUAUCUAUGAGUACCGAGACAGCAACAAGCUUGUAGAGGAGUUCAUGCUCCUGGCCAACAUGGCCGUGGCCCACAAGAUCUUCCGCACCUUCCCGGAGCAGGCCCUGCUGCGCCGGCACCCACCGCCACAGACAAAGAUGCUCAGUGACCUAGUGGAGUUCUGUGACCAGAUGGGACUCCCCAUGGAUGUCAGCUCUGCAGGGGCCCUCAAUAAAAGCCUGACCAAAACAUUUGGAGAUGACAAGUACUCUCUGGCCCGGAAAGAGGUGCUCACCAACAUGUACUCCCGGCCCAUGCAGAUGGCACUGUACUUCUGCUCUGGGAUGCUGCAGGACCAGGCACAGUUCCGGCACUAUGCUCUCAACGUUCCCCUCUACACACACUUCACCUCUCCCAUCCGCCGCUUCGCUGACGUCAUAGUGCACCGCCUCCUGGCUGCUGCUCUGGGCUACAGUGAGCAGCCAGAUGUGGAGCCUGAUACCCUACAGAAGCAAGCUGACCACUGCAAUGACCGCCGCAUGGCUUCCAAGCGCGUGCAGGAACUCAGCAUCGGCCUCUUCUUUGCAGUUCUAGUGAAGGAGAGUGGCCCCCUGGAGUCGGAAGCCAUGGUGAUGGGUGUCCUGAACCAAGCCUUUGAUGUGCUGGUGCUGCGCUUUGGGGUGCAGAAGCGCAUCUACUGCAACGCACUGGCCCUUCGGUCCUACCACUUUCAGAAGGUGGGGAAGAAACCAGAGCUCACUCUCCUCUGGGAACCUGAUGAUCUUGAAGAGGAGCCAACACAGCAGGUCAUCACCAUCUUCAGCCUGGUGGAUGUGGUCCUGCAGGCAGAGGCCACAGCCCUCAAGUACAGUGCUAUCCUGAAGCGACCUGACCCUGAGCGUUCCCUGGGCCUGGAGAAGGAGUCUGAUGAGGAAGGAGCCUGAGGACUGAAUGCUAGCCCAAGCCAGGCCUGUGCCUGCCCUGCCUUGCUGGCUUUUAGGAAUAGGACCUUUUGACACCAAAGGGGAUUUUUAAUUUGGUUUUUAACAACUCAGGGGUUUGUUUUUAUUUUUUAUUUUUUCAUUUUAUUUUACUUUUGCAGCUCAGUUUUUAAAUGAACUGGGAGGGAUACAGUGCGGUUGGGGGUCAGGGGAGGGAAUGCUGAGGCCUGGCCAGUGCUUCCCUGAGCAGAGAGGGUCCCAGUCCUCCUGGGCAGGCAGCCUCGCUUCUGCCAGGCCACCCACUGCCCUUCCCUGCCCAGGAAAUGGGGGUUUUCAGCAAAUCAGUGUCAUGGAAUAAAAUCAGGUGUGAAGUGC